GCUCACUGCCCCUCCCAACUCGUUGACAAAUCCCACUCUAGAAGCUCGACAUUCCACCGGCCGUCAGGAAUCCCAUUAUCAAGAGAGAAAUAGCGCAAUGUGCCCCUAGAUACUCGGCUCCGAAGCCUUUUUGGCAAGUUCCUCCUUAUUUCAACCCACCAGGAAUAGCCCGUUCGCGACUCCACCCGCGCCAGGGACAAAGCUUGCCUGCCAUGCUCUACUAGCUUAUUAUUACUGUUUGCGCCCACCUCUGUUAUAAUACCACUUUAUCCUCUUGAGCCUUCUUCUUCUCUCUGCAGAAUCUCCUGUGACGCCCCAGCAUCGUCGCAAAGACUGGACAGCAUGGACCCGCUCGUGGUCGCUGCGCUGGACCGUCGUGCCAGCGAUGGCGUGCCCUUUCGCGCCCGCGCCCAUCACACCCACCACACCUGGGCGCAUACCUUUUCCUCCCGCCCCGAGCUCUACAUCCAACCUCGCACACUCGCCGAGAUUGAGAAAGUCGUCGACCUCGCCCGAACAUGCCGCAAACGACUGACCGUCACGGGCUGCGGCCACUCGCCCUCCAACAUGACCUGCACCUCGAGCUGGCUCGUCAACCUGGACCACUUCAACGAGGUACACGCAGUAGAUCAGGAGACGGGCAUCGUGGUCGUGGACAGCGGCAUACGGCUCUACACGCUAUGCGCCGAGCUCGAUCGUCAUGGACUCGCCAUGCCCAACCUCGGCAGCAUCAACGAGCAGUCCAUUGCAGGCGCCAUCUCGACCGGCACCCACGGCAGCAGUGCUCGCCACGGCCUCAUGUCCGAGGACAUUGUCGCACUCAAGAUCACCCUCGCCUCGGGCGAGACGCUCUCCUGCUCGGCCACUGAACGGCCUGACCUGUUCCGCGCGGCGACUCUCUCGCUCGGCGCAUUGGGUAUCAUCACGCAGGUGACCAUACGCGCGACGCCCGCCUUCAAGCUCCAAUGGACGCAGACCAUUGAUACGGACUACAAAAUCUUCGAGGCCUGGCACGACGAGCUCUGGAAACAGAGCGAGUUUGUGCGCGUCUGGUGGAUGCCCUACUCCCGGAGAGCGGUCGUGUGGCAGGCGGACAAGACAGACAGGCCCGAGUCGCCGCCCAGGUACAACUGGUUCGACGGGGCCAUUGGCUACCACAUCUUUCAUAACCUCCUCGCGCUCAGUCAUUACAUCCCGUCCAUCCUCCCGGCCGUUGAGUACUUUGUCAUGGGCAUGCAGCACGGGUUCCGAAACGGCAGCAGCGCCUCGGCCGUGCAGACGUCCGGUCAAGCGCUGCUGAUGAACUGCCUGUACUCGCAGUACGUCAACGAGUGGGCGCUACCUCUUCACCGUGGACCAGAGGCCCUGCGCAGGUUAUCGAGCUGGUUGAACCACCUGACUCUGGACGAUCCCGACUACGUCCCCCACAACAUCCCCAUCUCGGCCGACGGCCUUUACGUGCAUGCGCCGCUCGAGGUCCGCGUCAGUGACACGAGUAUCACCACGUCUCCCAGGCCGUACCUCGACCCUACCGUGCAGGACGGACCCACGCUGUAUCUCAAUGCGACACUCUACCGGCCGUACUACCUGGAUCCCCCGUGUCGGGAACGUUUCUACGCUGGGUUUGAGUAUCUGAUGCGCGAAAUGGGCGGACGGCCACACUGGGCCAAGAACUUCACCACAACACGGGUCGAGAACGAAAACAUGUUUGGCAAAGGAUUGGAGGAAUGGAGACGGGUGAGACGGGAGUGUGAUCCGGAGGGCAUGUUUGUCGGCCCGUGGCAUAGGGAGCGCGUGCUGGAGGACGGACCCAGACUGGCCUUUGAGGAGGUGGAGGUGAGGAGACAAAAGGGCAAGGACGGCAGUGUCCUGAUGCACGGGGAAGUCUGAGUAGGUACGUGUGUCAUGUUCAUAGCGAUAGAUGGAUGCAUUUGUUGGACCCAUGUAAUGCAUGCCCUUCCCAUAUCUACAUAUCCAUCCAUCCAUCCGUGCCCCUCAACGCCGGCCUCCUUUUGAUUGAUGAGAGAUCCCGUCCGUCCGUCCAACCCCCGUCCCUUUCAUCGUGCGUG